GCCCCUUUCAUGAAGUAGUUGUUUAUGCAACCCACUCUCUUUUCUUUUUUUUGUUUUGUUUUUUUUUAUGCUUAUUUUCACUGUAUUCUUGCUUGUGUAUCUCAAUCAGACAAUAGCUUUUUAUCCUAGUCAUCAAUAUACAAAUACAACCAAUACGAUUGUUCAAUAUGAUCUUGAAUGUAAAGCAGACACGGUAUUUUGUGACAAAGUCAGCAAGGCUAUUGCAGCAGCCAUUGAUGAACUUACGCGAGUGAUUAAUAUUAAGAAUAGUUUAUUAAUAUUGGUGAAAUAUCAUAGUUUUUGUGAAAAGAUAUGUGCCAAUGAUACCUUUGGCUGGGGUUCACCCACUUCACAGUUUACUUUACCAUUUGAAGAUGGUGCUGAUUUAAAUUACGUAUACCCGCAAGCGCUGGCUAAACAAUUAGCGCCUUAUAGUAGCACUUCAGUUUGGUCUAAAUAUGAUAUUGAAAUUGAGAUCAAUAGUGACCUUUAUCUGAUGGAUUCAGAAGAAGCAAAUGGAAAAUACUGGUUUGUUAAUGAGAGCAGAAUUACACCUGAUCAAAUUGAUUUCCGUUAUCUUGUUCUGCAUGAAUUAUUGCAUGGUCUAGGAUUUUUAAGUUCAUGGGCAGCCUAUUUUUGGACAAAAGCCUCGCCUUUCCGUAUUCUGGUAGAUGGAGUGAUAGAUCCUCUUGAACUUCAGUUGGUCACACCAGGUCCAUACUGGUUCAUUCAUCAGGACACUGGUCCUGCCUAUGUCACUGGAUUUCAGCCAAAUAUGAUUUUUGAUAAAUAUCUCGUUCAUAUGGAUCCAGAAACCAACACAAAUGCGUCUCUGUCUGACAUGGCAUUUGAUAUGCAGAAUUUCUGUGUACAGAACAGUGAUGCCUUUAUUGUGAAUUUCUUACAUGCCUUUAAUGCGGCCAAUCAGUCUACGACAGCUCAUAAACUAUGGCUCUCUCUUUCUCAACCAGAGACACUUCAGUUUAGAUUUCAACCUCCUUCUAUUGCCAACAGUAGUUAUAACCAUAUACCUUACCUUCAACAGACCUAUCAGAACAUGACACUCUUGACAGGCAAUGAUUUAUUCCAAGUGUUUUAUUUUGAGCAGACAGACCCUACUAUCAAUCGACCUGGAUUGAUGAUUUCACAUUUGGGUGAUCAAUACCAAAACACAGUUGACUUCUUGAUGACUCAGCACUACCAUGUUGGUCAAACCUUAGAAAUACUCACUAAUACAUUCUAUCAAGCCAUUCCAUCUAUUGACUACCAUGUAUCCUUGUCCAAUGGUACAAGGGUCACAAAUAAGUACAAGUCUCCGAUUGGUCCAGGUAUUUUGCGUAUCCUAGAUUCCAUCGGCUACUCAACUGUCUUGACAAACACAAAUUAUACAACAGAUGGGAGUGUCAAGACACCCAGAUCUCGGUCUAUCUGCGAUGAUAGCAACCAUGGACCUAAGCCUACACCUACAUAUUUAUCGAGUAGUGACGCAGUAUCUUUAGAUGUUCAUCUCUGUCUAUGCUUAAUGUUCAUCACAAUGCAUCUUGUUAAACACAGCCGAUGAGCGGGACUUGAAAGACACUAUCAUUUAUGCGCAUGAAUCAUUGGUUUCAAGUGUCAAAAUAGCUGAUUUCUAAAAUCGAAUAUUCAUCAGCAUGUUACACUGUCUUAUCUCCGUUCUAAAUCGAGUCUAUAAUUUAUAUAUAAAAACCGC